UAUCACUCGCUAGAAAAAGGUGACGCUUUCUGUACACUUAACAGUAUCAGAGUUUUAAUUUGUACGUAUAAAAUACUGGUUAAAGUAGUAAGGAACAUCUAAAUAGUUAGUUUUCAUUCUGUUGACCAACUAUAUUUUUUAACAAUAUACAAAUAUGGACUCAACGUGGCAAGAGUUUUAUGAUACACACCUACCACCUCAGGAUUUUGAUCAGAGUGAAUUGCUAUUAAAAGAAUUUACAGAACGUCAGCUGAAAAACAACAAUAAAGUUGUACUAGUAACGAGUGGUGGUACUACAACACCUUUAGAACAUAAUACAGUAAGAUUUGUAGAUAACUUCAGUGCAGGAACAAGGGGAUCUGUUUCUGCAGAAUAUUUUUUAGAAAAAGGUUACUCUGUAAUUUUUAUGUACAGGGUUAAAUCUCUGGAACCAUUUUCAAGACAUUUUGUAGGACAAAAAUUUUUAGAUAUGCUGGAGACAAAUAAACAGAGUGAAAAAUAUAACAUCACAGUACUACCACAGUAUACUGAAAAGUUAGCAGUAAUAUUACAUAAAUACAAGGAAGCUUUGAGUCAAGACAAAUUGUUGCAGCUUACAUUUACGAGCGUUUCCGAGUAUCUUUGGCUACUUCGAUCCGCAUGUCAAGCGCUAGCUUGUCUCGGGAACAAAGCUAUAUUUUACCUUGCAGCUGCAGUCUCAGACUUUUACAUUCCAUCUAAUGAAUUGUCAGUUCACAAGAUUUCUUCGAACGAUGCACAAACAAUAUCCCUUCAACUAGUGCCGAAAAUAUUAGCUCCAUUGGUAAGUCUCUGGGUUCCGGAAGCGUUUGUGGUCUCUUUUAAAUUAGAAACUGACGAAAAUCUCCUGAUUUCAAAAGCGAGAAAUGCACUCAACAAGUACAAGCACAAUUUGGUCAUAGCUAAUAUGCUGCAUACUCGAAAGCAGCACGUAACGAUCGUCAGUCACGAAAACGAUUACGAUAUAUCUCUGACGGACGAACAGUUGAACAAAGGCGAAGAAAUCGAACGAUUGAUCGUCGACGAUCUUACAUCCAGACAUCAACGUUUUAUGGAAUCGACCAAAAAAAGUAGUUGAUGUGUUUUGGGAAAUAUUAAAUAAAUUCGCCCAAUA